AUGUCCAAUACUGCACGAGCGCAAGAACUGAAAGCCGAGGGGAACACACUGUUUGGUCAAGGCGAGUAUACCACUGCGUCCGCGAAGUACGCAGAGGCCCUUCAGCAUGACGACCAAAGUGCGAUCCUGUACGCCAAUCGCGCGGCUUGCUCGCUUCAUUUGCGCAAAUUCGAUGAAGCCAAAGUCGACGCUGAGAAGGCUGUAGAGCUGGAUCCGGGGUACGCGAAAGGCUGGGGACGUUUGGCCGCUGCAUGCGAUGGUUUACAAGAGUACGAGAAGAGCGCGGUAUGCUGGAGGAGGGCAUUGGCCGCCUUGCCUCAACGGGAUGUCACCGCCGCAGAGUUGAAUCAGAAGGAGCAGUGCGAAGCCGGUGAGAAAGAUGCGCUCACCAAAUUAGCUAAGGCUACCGGCAUACUUGUCGACGGUGAUUCUAUGAAAGGCAAGUGGCCGUGGGAUCGUGUCGCAGCGAUGGAAGACGAAUUGCAGGCUGGUUACCCCAAGAAUGCUGACAGCAGCGCGUGGGUUAUGCUGCGUGCUGUCAGGCUGUGGGACAGAGGUAGUCGCGGCAUGACGCAAGUGAAGACGCGUAUGACCCCCGCCGGACUACAAUGGGGCGGGUGCGAUGGCGUUUUGGCUAGUCUUACGGACGCGAUUCUCACUGAUGUGCGAGUCUUUCGCAUAGAAGGGUUCCAAUGGUUGGAGAUGUUCAACAAACAAGCGAAGUUGGAAGCGAGAAGAACAGGCGCAUGGCCUAGCUUAACGGUAGAAAGGAUACAAGCAGAGGCAGUGAAGCGGCAACAGCAAGAAGGCUGGGACGCCGCUCGUAAUGCCGUUGAUGUCACUGUCCGUAUAUGGGUUAUGCAGGGGUUCCUCGCCACCCAUGUGAACGCGAAUACACAAGUAGCCCUCCAGCAUUUCAACGCAGCAUUGGACUUGCUCAAUUGGGGACGGACGGCGUCGUGGCGGGAUGCUUCUGCGCGAGACAGAGGAGAUGUCUUUGAAGACUAUUUCGUGAGGGCUGUCCGCGGAUUGAGACUAGAGGUACUGAGGGCUGAUUGUGCGAUUCUGCCCCAUCCCGAGGCCGCUCUGCAGACCUUAUAUGAAGAGGUACAGAGUAUGAUUAGCGAAAUACCUGAGGUCGAGACAGUAGUGCUUACUGAAGGAGGACGUGGACCCGGUUUUGUGUCGGCCUUUAGCAUCUAUCUCAAGGCUCAUGCACUCACCACGGUCGGGUUCUAUCACCAGAAGAUAGUUGAUCAAUACCCACCGCGAGAGGAGGAUGGGGCAACGAUAGUGAAGCAUUACCUCGAGGCGCAUGUGGCUUACUUGGAAGCAGCCAUGCUCUAUCCAAAGGACGACGAGAAGCAUGCAUGGUUCCUGCAUGUUGCGUUUGACGCGCUACGGAUGUGCGGCGGUCCCUUUGGAUUAGCUCUGAAUGUGACGAAACAAAUGCGCUUGGCUUUGCCCCAUAUCAUGAAGAUCUGGCAAUUCUCGCAGGCCGCGAAACAAGGUGCAUACGUGUGCUGUGAAGAGGUACUGAAGAUAGGGCGAAAGAUAGAGAAGGAUCUGGCGGACGGCAAAAUCACAUUGGAGGAUCCUAUGCUUCCAAACUAUGCACCGUGGACCCCAUGA